GGGCUUCGUUUGGAUGUUUGGAUGAAUGAUGAAUGACAAAUUGACAGCCGAAUAAAAAUUACGGCGUGGAUUUAUGGGUUAAAAUUUUAGCAAACUGUCUGUUGCUUUUAUUAUGAACUAGUUACGAGAAUGAGAUUUUAAUGCCUAAAUUUUAUAGGGAUUUUAGUAAAGAUAACUUAAAGUUUUGUUUCCUAAGAUAAUGACCGAUAUUUCAAAAGUUUUGGAGCAAAGUUUGUGCAUAUCAUCGUUAGUAGCGCCGAGUGAUUCUCUUGUUUUCAUCGAGUUAUAGCAGUGGUGGAAAAUAUCGAAUGAAAUGGUGCCAUUAGUGCUUACUUUAUUAAAAUCGAAACAUAGUUUCAUUUGAUCGAAAGUCGGAGCAGUUUUUGUGGUCAACAUGUAUCCAGCGCCGACGCGGCACCCGGCUGCCGCGGUAAGGGGACCUCCACCUUCAUCAGGCCCUAUUAAGUUCACAGUAGCUGAUACUUUAGAACGUAUAAAAGAAGAAUUUAACUUUUUACAAGCUCAAUAUCAUAGUUUGAAAUUAGAAUGUGAAAAGCUAGCUAGUGAGAAGACAGAAAUGCAGAGGCAUUAUGUUAUGUAUUAUGAAAUGUCCUAUGGCCUUAAUGUAGAAAUGCAUAAACAGACGGAGAUAGCAAAGAGAUUGAGUGCUAUAAUAAGCCAGGUGGCACCAUUCUUGGCUCAGGAGCACCAGCAACAAGUGGCCACAGCCGUGGAGAGAGCCAAGCAGGUCACUAUGUCUGAACUUAACGCUAUUAUUGGGCAACAGCAACAACAAGGUCUACAACAGCUUCUUCAGCAGAUGCACGCGGGCGUGGGCCUGCCGCACGGCGCGGGCGCGGGGCUGCUCGGCGCCGGCCUGCUGGGCUUCCCGGGCGCCGCGCCGCCGCCGCACCAGCCGCCGCAGCAUAAGGUGGAGCUCCCGCCGCCGGCGGACAUAAAGCCACCGGUGCUGCCAGGCGCGCCGCCGCUCUUAGCGGGGCCGCGCGAGAACGACCGCCUGCACGACUCCAGGGUGCUGCCAAGGCGACACUCCGUAUCCCCGCACGAACGCGAACAGAAGUACCGUCCGCGCUCGCCGGCCGAGCCGGAGGCGCUAGACACGAAGCGACGGAAGGAGGAGAAGGUACACCAUGUCAGUCUCUCUAGUGACAGUGAUGCGGAGAAAAGUGAUCAGGACUUAGUUGUUGAUGUAGCCAAUGAGGAGGAGCGCGGGUCGCCCAGCGUGCGCACCGAGGCGGAGCGCGCGGAGAACGGUCCGCGCCCGCCCUCCCGAGGCUCUUCUUCCAGUCGCUCCACGCCCAAGAGCUCCAAGGACGAGAAGCCAGGCACACCGGGUGGAAAGCCAGCGCGGGCGGCGACUCCAACCGGUCGCUACGGCUUCCCGCCGCUGGCCGCCUACCGCCCGCCGCACCUCGACCACGCCAGGACCAACGGCCAGCCGCCGCACAAGCCGGCAUACUCGUACCACACAUGCGGCGGGCCGCUCCAGCCUGUCCCCUUUCCCGCCGAUGCGCUCGUAGGCCCCGGCAUCCCGCGCGGCGCCCGACAAGUUGCCGUGCUCCCUCACGGCGAAGUCGUCUGUGCCGUGGCGUUGUCUGUGAAUAAUGGAACGAGACACGCCUAUACGGGGGGAAAGGGAUGCGUGAAGCUGUGGGACAUAUCGAAUCCGGGGUCGCCUAAUACGCUAGAGCCAUUGUCGCAGUUGGAUUGUUUGCAACGUGAUAACUACAUCCGUAGUGUGAAAUUGCUCCCCGAUGGACGCACGCUAAUAGUAGGAGGCGAAGCGUCAAACCUGUCAAUUUGGGACUUGGGCUCCCCCACACCGCGAAUGCGUGCCGAGCUGACAUCUUCUGCACCCGCGUGCUAUGCGCUCGCCAUCAGUCCGGACUCUAAGGUGUGCUUCAGCUGUUGUUCAGACGGCAAUAUUGCAGUAUGGGACCUUCAUAAUCAGACUUUAGUUAGACAAUUUCAAGGACACACAGAUGGCGCAUCCUGCAUCGACAUCAGCGGCGACGGCUCGCGCCUGUGGACCGGCGGCCUCGACAACACCGUCCGCUCCUGGGACCUCCGCGAGGGCCGCCAGCUGCACCAGCACGACUUCAACAGCCAGAUCUUCUCGCUCGGCUACUGCCCCUCGGGAUCAUGGCUAGCAGUAGGCAUGGAGAACUCUCACGUCGAAGUCCUUCACGCGGGCAAGCCGGACCGCUACCAACUACUACUGCACGAGUCGUGCGUGCUCGCGCUCAAGUUCGCGCACCAGGGCAAGUGGUUCGCGUCCACCGGCAAGGACAACCUGCUCAACGCGUGGCGGACACCCUACGGCGCCAGCAUAUUCCAGUCAAAGGAGUCUUCAUCGGUGCUCAGUUGUGAUAUAUCAGCGGACGACAAGUUCAUAGUGACCGGCUCGGGCGACAAGAAAGCCACCGUUUACGAAGUCCUGUACUGAACACCAACUGAUCUACAAUAGGUACAUUGUAUAUGUUGUUGUUCUGAAGUACAGUCGCCAUCAGAUAUAUCGGAGCGGCCAAGGUGGUCACAAUAUCUCAACACGCACUCUAAAGCCUUGACAAUAGAGGCGUGUUUAGAUAUUUGUGAGCACCUUGGCCGCUCCGAUAUAUCUGAUGGCGACUGUACACAGUUGAAAAAAAUCAUCAGUGCCGGUUGUGAUAAAUUGGUAAUUGGUACGGACUCGGGAUGUCUUCAUGUAAACAUUCGUGUUAUUUUCCACGCAAGCAAAUUUAAUUGAUACCAUUUAAACUCUUCGAACGCUACGCCAGUCGUGCGCGGCGCGUCAUCGUAAAACAUGACGGAAUGGUUGAUAUUGGGCUAUAGCCCCACGUAUCAGGUGACGUCUUUGACGGGGAAAGGGUUAAAUUCACAAACUGGCAAAUACGCUUGCCGGACUAGAGUAUUAGGUACUGCAUUGACGGCUAGCUUGUAAUAAGUAUAAAGCUGUAUAAGUACUAAUGUUUCGCAUGGAACAUUCGAGGUGAAUCGUAAUCGAUGCUUAUUUGUCAGCAUAGUUUUUUGUUAAAAAAAAUACGCAAACGGUAAACAUUGCCAAUGAAAUCAAUUCCGAGCGCCCCCAUUAUAGAGAUUUGGUCUUAAAUAUUGUUAACUAUAUAUAUAUUUUUUUAAUACAAUAUGUUUUUAUGCUGGUCGUAAUUUGCGGUUUUUAAAGGCAUCAUAGAGGGUUUAUGAGAUGUAUGUAGCUAAAACUACAUUAUUAGGCAUAAAACAGUCGUGUGAUCCUAUUAUAAAACUCACUUUGUUCGUUUCAUAAACCCACACUCACAUUUUAAUGCAUUUCAUUAUGUAGCAAUCACAUAUUUCACAUAUCCUACUAUAGGCCUUGCUAAUUGCUAUUCCUGUAAUGUUUCUUUAAUUUCGUAAUAAACCCGUUUUCACUAUCUUGAAAUGGGUAAAAUCUGUCAAAUCGAUAUUGUGAUAUUAUUUUGACUCACGUGACUUUUAACGAAGAACCUAUUUGUGUUGUAUGUACAGACAGACUGAACGCUGAUGAGAAUUUUAAGAUCGCCGUAACUAUGAAACUAAAAUUUGAAUAGAUAGAUCAAAUUUUAUUGUCAAUAUUUCUUACCAAACAACUGAAAUGAUCGAAAAACCUAUUUACUAAUUUUAUUUUAACAAUACUUUACUGUUUAUCGAAGACUAGUUCUUUUUUAUAGAAAUCUAAAAUUGUGUAUCAAGCUGACGGACUUGACGACGACGUAAAUAGUUAUGUUUACUUUUGUCUAUAUAUAAUAAAUGUCAAUGAUUAUUUUACAAAAGACUAAACAGUAUGUAUAACCUUUUUUAAUGCAUUUAUUUAUGUCUUGUAAAAAUUCUAUGAAUAUGAUAAUUUUAGUUUUUUUUAUACGAUUAGUUAUCAUUAUCACGCAUAUCACUUGUAUAUGCGAAUAUAUUAGUAAACGCUUAUAUGUUAAACCAUGGGUUAGGAAUCUACACUCACUUCUAUUGUAUAAAAUGUUACUAUUAGCGAUUUUUCGCUAAUAAUAAAAUUUAAUGCUAAGUGUAGUUUUUAAAGUAACUAUUAGAUGAAUGUUGCACGGUUACGGAUAUUUUAGUGUUAUUGUAUAUUUUUAUAAUAAAAUUAAAUACCAUUUAUUACUUUUUAAGUUCAAUCAAACGCAGUUGUAUAAAAACGUCAAAAAUAUAUACUAUUAACAAGCAAAGUAAAUCGGCUCUAAUAAGGCCCAUAUAAUUUACAGUACUUGGACGAAAAAUCGACUAAUCCAAAUUUCAUUCAGCGAAAAAAUCGUUUCAUGAGUUUUUCCGGUUACAUGGGUAUUUUUAAAAUAUUGAGAACAAAUGUGUAUAAAAUAUUCUAUAUGAAAUAAAAUAAAUAUAACAAUAUAUCAUAUCCUCUGGUGGCGACAUUAAAACAAGUUACCUAGAAAAAUUUUUUUUUGGUUAGUGGCGUUUAUUCACAGCUGCGUUUAAUUAGGUAAAAUAUUUCGACGUCCAUUUCUUACUUGUAUUUAUUACGGAUUUAGAUAUUUAGUUUGAGACGAGGGUAUAUGAAUUCCAGACUGAAAUAAUUUUCUACAUAACUAUGAUUAUUUUGAUAAGUGUUGUUUUUUUAAAUACCAGUAUAGAUAUAUAUGUAUAUUAAUACUUUUGAUCUGAAUAUUUCAGCAUAUAUUUUUCUUCAUCUUGCCUUGUAAUAGUUUAAAUGCAACCUUAGAAAAGGAAUGUUAAAUACCUCUAUUAUAAAGAAAAAAAAAAUUGUUACAAUUUAAGAGACAAUUAAAUUGUGGCUAUAGUCCGCCAGCAGACUUAGAGAUUGCAAAAUAUACUGCUCAAAAGAAAAUAGGGGCCACUAAGUGUUUUGAACGUUGCGUGAAAAUAUGGUUGCCUCAUUUGUCAAAUUUAAAUGUCAGAUAGGUUAGAUCUCCAAAAAAUUGUACCCGCGGAAAUAAAUUUUUUUGAUAAGUCCCGAAUCUUACCUGUUUAAACUUGAAUUAAAAAAGUGAUAGUGGCCUAUAUUUUUAUUGUAAUGUGUAAAUGAGUAAAUCUUUAGUACUUCAAUAUUAAUUUAAAAAAUCCGUGGGCACAAAUUUUUUUUUCGUGGUUGGAAAAGAUAGCAAAUUACCAACCUAUCUAACAUUUUACACAGCCUGAUUUUUAACAAAACAUCCUGUAUUUUUUUAAUCACAGUAAAACAAGGCUUUGGUUGUUAUUUAAGCUUAUAAAAAGUAAAUAAGCAGUAAAUUGUUUCACAUAUUUUAAUAGACGUCAAAUUUCCUGUAAUGAUCAAAUUUCUUAGUGGCCCCUAUUUUAUUUUGAGUAGUAUAUAAUUUAAUCUGUUGUAUUUUUAUUUUAAAGGUGCAUCCAAAUCUAGCCAAUGAGCCUCGAGUGCGCACGCAAGUUUUUUAUAGAUUGCGUUAUUUAUGGGAGCAGGAGCACUAAUACGACGUGCAACCAAACGUGAAGCAAACAUUCGCUAGAUCUGGACACACUGUAUGAUUUGACCUUUUUGACCGCUAUUAUAGUACUAAUAGACGUAAGUACCGAACCGCGCCCUUAGUUCGCUCCGUAUAUCUCUUUCUAGCCUAAUCAUCUAACUCUAACCCAUAGCUGCGUCCUUAUCGGACGCAAGGCGAACUACCGUCCACACGAUCGAACACGCCUCGGAUCGCACCAAAGUCGUAGUUCGGUAUGUACGUUUAUUAUUAUUAGUACCUUUAGUCGUCUACAAAAGCAUCUAUACCCACAAGACAGUAAACUAAACCUUACCUACUUAAGCUAGUAUGGUUACUUUGGCAGUUUAAGUAAUGGAGAUUAGUAGAUCUUGGCACCGUGGGCACAACAUCUAUUGUAGAUUUUAGAGUGACGUUGAAAGGGUUAAUACAACUGCAAAAAUAAUGCAAGAUGAAUCACAAAAGACUUUUGUAAAUUUCGCUAUAAUUUAGCAGGUUUGAUUGCCUCCGUUAAAUUGUAUUUUUUUCAAAAUAGCUGUUAAAAAUACAGAGAAAUCCUAUUUCGGGUAGGUAAUAUGCGUAGUAGUGUAACUUAUUUUUAAGUACAAGAAAAUAGUUCCUUAUUAUGAUUUUUAUAAUUGAUUUAUUUGAAACCUUAGGUUCCAUGAAGUAUUGAAAUACAUAUUAAAAUGAAAUAAGAAAUAAGGUCUGAAUUACGUAAUUAAUUUGGUUGUAUAUUUUACUUUAAAUGCAUACUUAGCUACUUUGUACUUAAAUAUAUUCGCUUUUAUAAAUCAAUGUAGCAAUCUAUGAUCUGCAAAUGUGAUAGAUUUUUAUAUCCAUAAAUGCAUUUGGUUAGUGUUCCACUAAUUAUCAUUUGAGUGAGAAUCAAUUGUUAUUUCUAUGAACUGGAUUGUAUUCUUGUAUUAUAUUUAUUUGGGUAAAAUAA